CUAAAGUUAUGACAGUAACAGGCCCUCAACUUUUGUUUAUCAGUUAUCAGCUCAGCUGUCGUUUCGUGCACAAUGCAGUCGGACUUUGUCAGUCAGUGCAGGAGCUGAUGACCUCUGACUUUUGCCUUCUGAACUGUGCCGACCGAGUUUCAACUUUUUUUAUCUCCUCCAGCGUCCAGCAGACUUCAGCUCUUCUGUGUAAGAAGGUGGUUAAUUAUUUCUACUGUACUUCCGUGGCGCUUCUCAUCUUGCGUUCGAGUGUUGAGCUGCAAUAUCAAAUUUCACCAAUGUUGAAAUCACUUUCUGAAAAUUUGCGAUUGUUUUUCUCGAGUUCAACUCAUGAAACUUUGGAGGUUCAACCUGGACUAAAGAGAAAGCGUCCCAAAGAAGACUGGGAUGAUGAUGAUCCAGACGUCCAGAUAACUCGAGUGGAAAAGAAAAGAAGAGUAGACCCAUCUCAGUCUUUUGUCAGCUUCAUUAGAUUGUCAGCUACAAGAAUGGCAAAUUGGGUGCGGUCAAAGUCCAGACCUGAAGAGAAGACUGUUUCCGGCCACAAUGACUCCAGGGAGCCAUGGGUCACUGUAUCAUCUUACAGGAACGGAAAUACCUCAAGGCUGUCUCACAUUAAUGGAGAUGACAGACCAUCACAUAACCACAGAAUGAAUAUACGGCAUCAUUUCUCACAUGUUGUUCCUGGGAAGAACAGGGAUGCCAGAGAAUCAAGAGUUAUGCCGUCACACAGAGUUCGCUGUUCAAGUUCCCGAUCAUCUAAUACAUCUUUGUUUGGACAGACAAAGCCAUCCACAGCCAGUGCAUGCAUUCGCUUACAGGAAAAGGAGGAAUAUCAAAGACUAAUUCAGCUUCAAACUCAGAGGCUCCGUGCCCCAUGGCAGACAAGAGUGCCUAAUCCUGUGACUACGAGGCCUAUGUCUUCAGUACAACAGUCCGAUGCGGAUGCCGUUUCUAUUUCAUCAAGAAGCAGUUCUGGUGAUACCAGCCUCUUUGGGACCUCCAACAUUUUUAGCCAGGGAAAAUCUUCAAAUGGUUCACACAGCAUUCCGUGUUACAAGACAGUAGCAAAUAGACCAUCUGUGAGCACUAUGGGAAGAAGUCACCUACCUUCAGAAAGAUUAGGAAGAGAAAAUUAUGAAGUUAAUCUGGGCUCUUUACUCGCUCGACAACGGCAAAGGGAGUCAUUACGGACUGUAGAGAAGCCUGGCAGCUUGCCUCCUUCAACCAGCCGAACGAGUCAAGGUGAAACAGGUGGAUUAAAACAAAACGAGAGGUCAAGGACUUCACCGACCAUCGUGAUCGACGAUGAUGAUGAAGGCAGCAGCUCAGCAAGUGCCUUGACAGUACGAUAUGAAUCUUUGGGCCCUAAAGCUUCAGCCAGUCGAUUGAGUCAAGGUGAAAUGGGUGGAUUAAAACAAAGCGAGAAGUCAAGUACUUCACCCACCAUCGUGAUUGACGAUGAUGAGGAAGGCAGCAGCUCAGCAAGUGCCUUGACAGACUCAAAGGUUACUGUGGAUAACGCAAGUCAAAGGUCAAAGCCAGAGUUCCUAAAUUCUGUUUACAUCAAGGAUAAUUAUUUAGACGAUUUCAAAAAUUCAAGACUCAUGGUUUUGGAACAAAGGCAACGACAGAUUGAGGAAGCUGAUCUCAAGGCAAAAGCGUACAAUGAAAAGAGACGUGCCCAAGGAAUUGCUUUGGAAAAAGAGUUAAAGUACAAGAUGAGGAUUUUUGAUGAACAGCCGGAGGUCUGUGAAGAAAUCUUCAGGGAAAGUGAAGACGAGGAGGAAGAAGAGGAAAGUCUUCCAGAACUUACUGCCGAGAUGGAGCAGACGAUCAGGGCUGCCCUAAGGCCCGGUUCUCCUGGGGAGGUGCUGUCUGAUGCUUUCCGCCUCCAGAUCACCCGAAAGGAUAUGGCUACGCUAGGUGGCCUCAACUGGUUGAAUGAUGAGAUCAUCAACUUUUACAUGAACAUGCUGAUGGCACGUGGGGAGGAAGAAGGCCGGUCUCAAGUGUAUGCCUUCAACACAUUCUUUUAUCCCAAAAUUAUGUCUGGUGGACAUUCAGCUGUGAAAAGGUGGACAAAGAAAGUGGACAUUUUUGCGAUGCACUACAUCCUUAUACCUGUCCACUUGGGCAUGCACUGGUGUCUUUGUAUUGCUAACAUGAAGGACAAAGUGGUGACAUACUUUGAUUCAAUGGGUGGCCGAAAUAUCGAGUGCCUUGAAGCAGUCAGAAAAUAUAUAAAUGAUGAGAGUGUGGCAAAGAAACAGACGCCAAUCAACAUGUCUGAAUGGUCUUUAGUCACCGCUCAGGAUAUUCCCCAACAAAUGAAUGGCAGCGACUGUGGUAUGUUUGCAUGCAAAUAUGCAGAGUACAUCACCCGAGGGAAGGAGAUCACUUUUUCACAGGAGGACAUGCCUUACUUCAGGAGACGGAUGGUGUAUGAAAUUCUGACGAAGAAACUUCUUCAAUGACCAAUGUAUUGAUUAUUUUUUGUUCCCAACGGAUUUUGUUUUGUUAUUUAUGAAUAGGUUCAAAUCAGUGAAGGCAGACUUAAAGCAUUUUAUUUCUGAUGUAAAUAUAUGUGUGGAAAGCAAGGCGAAGUGCUAUGUGUGAUGAGUGCAGAAAGAUGGCAUGGUACUCUCGUGCUGCUGCGAAUGCUGAAUUUAGAAGAAUAAAGAAUAUGAUAUAGUUGUAAAUCUGAACAAAAGAUGAAUGACUGAUGUUUUGGUGCUCCAGCUGCUAUGGUCUUGCUUUUGGUUUAAAGGAAUCAGUAGAUGGUUGAUUAUUGGCUUGUCUUAUAACCUGUUUGUUGCCUUAACAUGAUUAUGAUACUUCGGGAAAAUACACGAUUUUGUAUUUUUUGUCAUACCAUGCACAUCCUGCAAGUUGGCAAAAUUUGCCAUUCCUGGUUGCCUAUACUAUAAAAUUUUACAUCUGACUGAAAUCAUCUGGCUUUAAUACUUCUGUUCGGAGAUUUAGCCACACAAGUACAGCAUGUAUAAGUGGUUCGGAAUAUAAAAUGCCCAUACCUGUACCGAUUUUACUGCUGGGCUUACCAACGACUGAUAAACACAGAUCUAGUGUAGGCAGUAACGUGCUUCUGCAGAGCGUUAACAGCAAAGUGACUGGGGGAAAAAGGCAGCAAACUGCACAUUCUGACUUAGUUUACAAGUAAUUUGAAAUAUGAAAUUCAAGUGCAUAAUUGAAAUCUGUUUCCAAUGAACUUGCAGAAUUUAUACUUUUCUAGGGUUUAUUCUUCAAAAAACGGGUACGUGACCAAAAAUAAGUUGCCCAAAGCUCAAUGCAGCUGUCCUGGCUAACAAGCUAAGCUGAAAACAGUGCUGACCUUAGGAACACACACCCCAUAGCAACAAGGGGUUGAGUUUUAGGUCUCUUAUAAUUUGAUUUGAGAUGUCUUUGCAAAUUCUUCGAGAUUUCUGCUGGGUUUUCUACUUCUUCAUGGCUUUAGUGGACAUAUCCUUGUAACUGUUGUUGAUUCUUAACAAAGUCAAGGUGUUCUGGGUUUGUUUAUAUAGAACCUCAGAGUUCGCUGCUUAAAAAUGAAGCGUCUUGUAAACCAUAGGUCUGUUACUAUUUCUCAGGAAAAAA